CACCUCUCAAGGGAAACUUGACAACUACCGCAAGGAACUGACACGGCUACGAAAGAAUUUAAACAGUCUCAGGUGGCUCUCGGUGGUCAGGGGAUGAGGAGAGAGCUUCUGGGACCUGAGGAGCUGUACACCUCUGAAGAUCAGAGGACCCAUCUCCUGGACUCCACGUCGAGGUUGGAGAAGACGUCGGACCGACUCGACGAGGGUUACCGCAUCGCGCAGGAGACGGAGGAGAUAGGACUGGAGAUCAUGGACAACCUGCAGAGAGACAGAGAGACCAUCGACAGAAUGAGGGGCAGGCUGAGGGACACGGACUCUGACCUGUCCAGAGGGGGCAGGAUUCUCCGCAGGAUCUCCCGACGGAUCAUCCAGCACAAGAUAUUCUUCGUUGUGGGAGCUCUCAUACUCAUCAUCGUCAUUGCCCUGCUCAUUACUGCUGUUGUCCUUAUCAAAACACAAACUGACAAGAAGAAGAAUUAACCACUGUGUAUUGAUAAAGUCUUGUAUAAUAAUUAUUGUACUAAUGUGUUUGUUGUAAAAAUAUCUGCUGUGAGCUUGCAUAUGGUCAGAGGAGGUUGCAC